AUGAGUAGGGUCAACAUGUCGAUACGAGCAAUUGAUCCUGCACCGGGACAGACGACCAUCACCACAUCGAGCCGAUUCAUCGACCUGGCCAAGUCGAGCCUAAUCAUCGAUGGCAUCACGUUCAAGGACAGUCGGGGGCCGACCGAUGACCCGUACAUCCGACACCAGCUGUUCACUGGAGUAGUGCCACGUGCGAUUGGCUUCAUCCGAAUCACAGAUCAGUCCACAUUCAACGGGUCCCGUCUAUACUUUAGGAACAUCACCAACUACAUACUGAUGCAUAUAUCAACAUCCAGAGUAUCACUGUUCAAGAUGUCUGUUCAAGCUUGUGCUGGCAUCAAUUUAAUUGGAGUGUUUCGAUCCAAUGUCACGAUGGACAAGUGCAACAUCAAUACAAACAAUAUGGAGGGAUACAUUGCCUAUAACUUCAUCUCCUCAUUAACAAUGUCAAGAGUAUCAAUCAACAGCAACAUCGUACUUUGUGGAUUCUUUAUGAAACGUGGCAGAAUCACAACCAGUAUGAGUAGAUUCGAUAAUAACUACUCAAACAUUGGAUUGUUCACAGGUGACAAUGUAUACUUCUGGUUCGCCAACUGCAUAUUCUACGACAACUUUGCCACGGACACUCCAGGUGUUAUCUAUGGAUCACUGAUAUCUAAGAUCAGGUUCUAUGUAUGCAUAUUCAAAGACAAUGCGAGCAAGGGUACAGCGGUACUGGCAUCGGCAUCACGAUCAGGAUCAAUGUGGUACUGUGUAUUCAAUGAUACAAAGAACAAUCCAACAACAUUGUCCAUCUCAUUGUUUGGAAGAUCACGAUUUGAAUUCAUUGAGGUCUACUUCAAGAACCAAUACGGCACACUCCUAUCAACUGAUUCCAACUCCAUUAUAGUGAUGGCCAAAUGUGUAUUUGAUUCCACACAUGGCGAGAUCAUCAAGUCAUUUGGAAACAGCUUCAUAUUCUUUAUCAAUAAUGAGGUUGUUUCAGCACAGUCACCAAGUGCUUUGAUCAGUCUAUCCCAUCGAUCACAUGCUAUUAUGACUUAUAAUCUAUUCCACCAGUGUUUCGGCUCGACCAUCAUAUCAACAUCAUUCUCAUCAAACAUAUCAAUCACACUUGGAUACUUCAAGACCAACCUUAUGACUACCAGUGUCCUAGAAGGCAACAACUACUACAACUACUACAUCCAUAAGUCCAUCUUCUAUAACAACACUGGUAUAUAUCAAGGUGCCGUGUUCUCACAAGAUAGCACUGGACGUUUGAUAUUGGACAAUUCGAGGAUAUUGAACAACACUGGCCCGACAGGUCCAUUCGUUUAUACAUCAAGAACAGUCAAUCGAAAGUAUUGUAAUACUUUUUUGGGUGAUCUGACCAUCGCCAACAACGUAGCGUUACAGUCUGGCGCCGUCAACUACCACGCCACCAACGAUAUAUGUCCCUUUCGUUGUGACUUUUGCGCCAUCAUUGGAAACCAAUCACCCUACGCCAAGGACUUUUCCAGCGAGUAUCACAACUUCUCCGUGGACAUGCCCAACGUCAUCGAUACGCCUGGCUUCAUCAAAGCCACCAUCUUUGCCUACGACCGCUACAACAACCUUUACAAGGGCACCAACGACGUCAUCUUCUCGCUGACCUCUGACUGCCCCAACCUCAACAUCACGAGUGGAGUGACCAGCGUCGGCCUCACACCAUCGGGUCGCGCCGACAUGUACAACAUCGAGUUGUCGGGCAUCCCCAACACGACGUGCCAUCUCAAGUUCUGGUCGGACCCCAAUGGCACGGGCGGCUACGUCUACAAGGCCAUCUGGUUCAGGAACUGCGCAGUCGGCAAGACACCAUUCUACGCCGAGGGUAGGAUGUACUGCGUGACCAGGGAGAAGGUGGCCAAGGUAGCCAUCAUCAUUGUAGCAGUAAUCUCUGGCGUACUGCUACUACUACUGCUCGCAUCACUUGUUCUCACGAUAUUAUAUCGCAAGAAUGCAUUGAUCGUCAACUCCAACCCGGUAUUCUUGCUCGUAGUGUUGUUUGGAUGCUUUGUCCUGGUUGUGGCGUGUCCGCUAGCCUACAUGGAAGCGAACGUUGGAUGUGCCAUCACACGAGAGGUACUCAUACCGCUUGGCAACUUCUUCAUUAUCAUCCCAAUCGUUAUCAAGCAGUAUAGGAUAUGGCGCAUCAGGAAGCAACUCAACUUCCAAAAGAAGUCACUGAUCUCAACCAAGUACUUACUCAUCAGGUUAGGAAUAUUGAUGAUCGUUCCAGUUGCCAUUAUUGUUGCAGAGUUGGCAGUUCAAAAGGCCAGGGUCCAUGAACAUAUUGACCUAGACAACUUCAAAGUAUUCAAGAGUUGCAACAACACUGAUAUAUACUUUUACAUUGGCUUCCAUAUUGGUUAUCUCGCCGUACUAUACAUUGUGUCCAGUCUCAUCAUAUUCCUCAACAGGGACUUCCUGUCCACGCCUGGAACAUUCAAUGAACCCAAGUUCCUUGGCAUCCUUAUAUAUAACAACUUCCUAGUACUUGUUGUAUUCACGUCAUUGCGAUUUUCAUUCCUCUAUGCUCCAACCAGUACAUUCUUGGUGAUCACAAUCACAACUCAGAUCAUAGUACUCAGUACCAUCUUCCUACUCUACUUUCCAAAGUUCUACUUCAUCUUCCGAAAGGAUAGAGUUGUACUAUCUAUGAUCAAGUUCAUUGAGGAACAAGAGACGAUAUUACAGAGGAAUAGGGAGAUACUAAAGUUCUAUGAGAUGUACUGCAAUCAGGAGGGUGAUAUCAACUUUGGCCCGAGUCAUCAUAUCUUCACACCUGAUACACCAAGUCCAAUACUUGCCAACAAUGAUAAUCAUGCUGCUGUUCAAGAUUCCGAUGAUGAUGUUCAUUAUGGAAUAACCAAUCAAGGAGAUGAUCAAGGAGAGAGUAGUGGAAGUGGAAGUGGAAGUGGAAGCGGCAAUGGUCAUGGGGACGAUGUGACAGGCUCGUCCAAGCUACCACCCAUCACAUUGUACAACGAGAACAUUCAGUAUGGGCUACCAAUGGUAAAGAUGACACCAGACACAGAGACCACCAGGCUCAACACUCCAUUGGACAAUGCAAUUGCCGCCAACACUUCAUCCUUGCAGCAACAACAACCUACCAGUCCCAAUGUCCGAAGGAGUGGCAGUCGUCGACGACAUGGACUCACCCCACUCUCGAGCUCACAGGAGAGCACUGCGCCAGGACAUUCAACUUCCCAGAUUAGAUCAAGAUCAGCUCCAACCUCACCAAUUGGUCGGACGUCCUCACAACAACAACUUCAGAAUCCAAUUCAAGCUUCAGCUUUGGCACCAACAACAACAGCUUCAGCGACAAACAUUGUUGUACAACAACAACAGGAGGAGGACGACGAAGACGAAGAUGAUCAAGAAAAGGAUAUCUUUGAGUCUUUUAAUCAACAGACGUUCUUCCAUAGCUUGGUGGAGAAGAGGAAAAAGAAGUAG